GCCAUUUGUUGUGCUACUGGCUAGCUUGCUAAUCAAGGGGUCUCCAUCAGCAGGAGGCGGAGAAGACGGCGGGCAGGCAGAGAGAGGCAGCCCCUUCCCUGGAUACUCUGGAAGCUCUUCCACACAGGAAAACGUUACUAAAAAGGCAGGACAAUGUCCGACUUUGACAGCAACCCGUUUGCAGACCCGGACUUCAGCAACCCCUUUCAGGAUCCCUCGGUGACGCAGGUGACGCGAUCCGCCCCUCCUGGUGGUUUGGAAGAGUACAACCCCUUCACAGAUGCCAGAACGGCGGACCCUGGGAAUGCCCCCAAAGCUACUCCUGCCCCGCCACAGCAGAACACACAACCUGCCAUCAUGAAGCCCACAGAAGAGCCGCCGGCUUACUCGCAGCUACAGGCUCAGCAGCGUAAAGAGGACCAAGCGCGCGCUCAGGCUGAGCUGUUGAGGCGGCAGGAGGAGCUGGAGAAGAAAGCGGCAGAGCUCGACCGUCGGGAGAGAGAGUUACAGUCCCACGGGGCCGGGCGUAAGAACAAUUGGCCUCCGCUGCCAGAGAGGUUCCCCGCUGGCCCAUGUUUCUACCACGACAUAGCAGUGGAUAUUCCUGUAGAGUUCCAAAAGACCGUGAAGAUCAUGUACAACCUGUGGAUGUUUCAUGCGGGCACGCUCUUUGUGAACAUGUUCGGCUGCCUGGCCUGGUUCUGUGUGGAAUCAUCUCACGGUGUAGAUUUUGGCCUGGCACUGCUAUGGUUUCUGCUUUUCACACCCUGUUCUUUCGUCUGCUGGUACAGACCGCUUUACGGGGCUUUCAGGAGUGACAGUUCAUUCCGCUUCUUUGUCUUCUUCUUCGUCUAUAUCUGUCAGUUUGGGGUUCACGUUCUACAAACUGUUGGCAUCCCCGGCUGGGGAACGUGCGGUUGGAUCGCAGCCUUAACCGGCCUCAACACCAACAUCCCCGUGGGCAUCAUCAUGUUACUGAUUUCGGCUCUCUUCACUGCGCUCUCCGUGGGCUCGCUCGUUAUGUUCAAGAAGGUGCACGCGCUGUAUCGCACCACCGGCGCGAGCUUCGAGAAGGCUCAGCAGGAGUUCGCAACCGGCGUCAUGUCCAACAAAACCGUUCAGACUGCGGCUGCCAACGCUGCAGCCAACGCUGCCACCAACGCUGCCCGCGGCGCCUUCAAACCUCAGCCAUAGACUGACGCGUACCCCCCCCACACACACACACGCGCGCACACACACGGAACACACUCAAAAGUUGGGGAUGCACAACUCUGGCCCCCCCGCAGGCUCUCAGAUCAAAUUGAUUCUAUUUGUGGACGCUGUGCCGCGCUGCACACUUUGCUCCGGUUGUGCAAAGAGUCAGGAAUAAAACAUGUUAGUCAGAUAAAGUAACCAGAGUUGUCCACCUUCACUUAAAAAGAAAAAAAAAAUCCAGGUUCACCCCUUGAAACUCCAGGCGUGCCCUGUAGUGUGUGGCAUGUCAUCUCGUUGUCCCUGCCCUGCGGUCGCCUCGAGGUGAUCCUCGCAGGUAGCACCUACCUUGUUUCUGUCAUGGCAGCUUCCUGCCUGCUUCAUACGGUAUAGAGUUACAAAAAGGGAUGAUUGGAUCAUAUUUUUGUGCAUAGUUUUGUGUUCUUGGUCACAUGCCGAAAGUACAGCGUACGCAAAUGCAUUCUUCACUUCAAACAGAACAGCGGCUCAGACAGUUUGGAGCUUGAUCAUUUUAAUCUGAGACGUAAAUUGCUCCUAGUCCUACAUCUGUUCUUCUAUUCUGAGACAAACUCCGCCCUAGCAGUUCAUAUAAGAAAUAUGUUGGUAUUUUAGGACCUGCCUGCAGCCCCCACCCCUCCAGUACUCCAGUGGCACCUGUUGGUUGAGCAACUGUGGGCUGAGUCAGCAUCUCUGGGGUUUACUACCAAUUGACAGUAUCAUGACAAAAAGCAUGCGUAGCCUUUCCUCCGGCUGCAGGUGCCAGCUGGUUUUGAACCCGGGGGGAUAAUUAUUUUCCCUCGUUUGGUUUCAAUGAGUGAAGUUAUGGCAUGACCCCAGUCACAGGAUGUUUGACAGAAUUGUGGAUCUAUUUUGUGAGGACGCACCGCCGGUCAGCGCAAACCUAAAAGAGCUCAGCUCAGUCAGCUGAUUUCAUAGGCUUGGUGCACUAAGAGGAGGGGGGGUAAAUAUUCACAUCUUCCUUUAUGUAUGAAUGAGAUUAACAGACAAUUGUGUGGCUCCAUCUGUUUUUUUUUGUAGCCCGUCACUGGUUGAAAUCUUAACGCUGCUGUGAAGGUGAGAGGCGUCCUGAGGACGCAUACCAUUCAUUGAUGGGGAGACAAGUGAACCAGAGGUCACACUACGCUUUUACUAAAGAUUAACCUGUACACAUAAAGUGAAAAGACAACAUAAACAUGGAUACUGUGUACAUGACGGACAAAGUCCAUUGUUACAAACGUAGAAAGCGCAUUUUGCUCUAGUCAGUAUUGGAGAAUUGUCAGCAGACGUCUCGAUGGUUAAGACGAGCUUUGAGAUGACUGACGAUCAGCGCUGCUGUUACAAACGUACAGGCUGAAUUCUGCCAGAGGUGUUAAUACUCCUGCGAGGGUGACGGUCAGUACUUGGUCAUGAAGUAAGACUACGUGUUUGCCAGUAUUGUUUUUAAUAUACAUUGCACCUUUGUUUUCUUUGUCAACCUUUUAGCGCUUAAGAUGAACAUGUUUUAUUUAUGGUGUAAUUUAAAGUUGUAUACAUUUCAAAUUUGUUUGGUAUGCUUUGUCAUUAUGUUUUGUGUGUGGUUUUAUAAUGACAUCAUCAUGGCAUCAGCUAAUCAGAAGUGUGACUGCGACUUGGUAUGAAAGGCCCAAAAAUAGGCAAAAAUCUCCCUCAAGUGUUACUGUCCUGAAAAGCUGUGAGAAAUCUACCAAUGUCCAUAUAGAUUUGGUUUUUUAUAUCUUGGUUUGUGAUGUGCUCCCUUGCCAUGUUUUACUUACGAUCACCUACAUGAUUCCCAUGUAUCUUUAGUUUUUAACAGGUGUUUAAUGCCACUGUGGGUAAUUACUUAAUGUAUUAAGGCAGCCGGUCCGCACUGCAGAGCGAGGGAUUAGAAGCUCGCUGGCUCAAAACCGUUUGAGCUGUGAUCACAGUACUUCACUGACUCAGAAGAGGAACUCCUUCAAAAAGAUACACUUGUAUAUUUUGUAAAGUUGAACAUUUGAUCCCCAUUAUCAAUCACCUGUAAAAAAGAAAACGUGUCGCACUCUUCUCUGGCCUUCGUUGCAUGUGAAAUAGUUUGAGUUUUGUAUAUUUAUGGUAUUAACAUGAAAUAAAAUUUGAAAGAAAUGUU